AUGAGAAAAAUGUGUGUUUUAUUGGUUAUUAAUUUGUUGUUAUUAUCAGUGCCUCUGGCAUGUACCGGGUCUGAGGAGUACGCGAUCAUUGAUGUUGAUUUAGAUGAGGUUUUGGAAAGAGGUGUGCCUUUUCCAAGGUUUUGGACCAGCACUGGUUUAUGCCCUCCGGCACCGAGGCAGUCGACGGCAGAUUUCCUACUUUCGGAUGAUAGUCUUCUUAACUUGGAAAUUAUAGGAUCACUACCGAAUGAAGGAUUAACACAUGUACGGAUUCAUUGGCUACUGGAAAUGCUGAACUUUUCUCAUUACGAUGAUCGAAAAAACAUUUUCUACAACUUCACCCAACUGGAUGUCCUGUUGGAUAAUCUGCGAGAGUUUGGUCUCAGCCCGGGUUUAGAAAUCAUGGGAAAUCCAGCUGACGGCAGCAACGCAACUAGCGACAUCUACGCCAAGGAACGCAAACACCGCUUCGAAUACUUCUGGACCGAUUUGACCAUGCAGGUUGCUUCGAGAUAUAUAAAUCGUUAUGGAGUUAGAAAUGUUCAAAAAUGGAGAUUCGAAACCUGGAACGAACCAGAUUUGAAGGGCUACAAUGUACUGAACUUCACGGUAAAUGAAUACAUGCAAUACAUCAGAUCCGUACGCCUAGGACUGGAUGCAGCCAGUAGAUUGCUGAACAAUCCUCGCUUACAGCUACGAGGUCCUGCAGGAUUGUUUCGAACCGGAGAUCAUCAUCCGUUUUGUUGGAGUUCGUUAAAGUUUUGCAAUGAUUUUCCGAGAAAAUGUCCUUUCGAGAUUGUGACAUUCCAUCGAAAAGGUUCUGGAUUGAGAGCCGACGAAAUUGUUACUGGUGGUAUGGAAUUGGUACAUCAGUUGCGGGACAUGUUUCCCAACAUUUCGCAUCUCCAAUUUGCAAACGAUGAAGCCGAUCCGAUUGCAAGCUGGUCAACUCCAAGAAGUUUUCAAGCCAACGUGAAAUAUGGUGCCAUUCUCGUAUCGACCGUUUUUCAGCAUUGGAGUGCCCUGUUGCAAGGAAGAUUUCCAAACUUGGAAUCGAUUUCCCACGAUAAUGCCUUUCUUAGUUACCAUCCGUUCGAAUUUGACCAAAGAACUUUGCUAGCUCGAUUUCAGAUGAAUCUAACCAGCCCCAGACAUGUGCAGUUUAUUGUAAAACCUGUCUACUCGGCUUUGGGUAUGUUGGCCAAUUCAGGACUGAUGGCAACGGAAGUUAAAUACGAUAUCCGGACAAAUGUAAGCUACUUAGUUAGCUACGAAUCGGAUCCUUUCUAUGCGUGUAUUCUAGCUGCACAAUCUAAUGACUCAUCGGAUCCAACAGACAGAAGAUUCUCGCUAAAUAUAAAUGUGAAGCUGCCCGAAAACCUAAGCAGUCAAACAGUAGGAUACGUUGUAGAAGCCCUCCAGUUGGAACUUACCGAUCCGUACUACGUUUGGAGUUUCUACGGAAAACCAAGCUACCCUACGGAUCAGGAGUUCAGGGCAAUGCGAGGCGUUCAAUUUCCUAGCUUGUUAGUUGAACCUACCCUACUAGCUGGAUCCGAUCGUUUAAAGAUUGAUUUGAGCGUAAGGUCACCUUGGAUCUUAUCGAUUCGCAUUUGUAGCACCGUCUAUCCUAAACCUGGCCCCGUUACCAAUAUAAGGAUAAGAAAAGUUUUCGAGAAUCAAGUUUUGAUCUUUUGGAAGCAGACUGUCGAUUUCGGGAGAUGUACCCUAGGGUAUCAAAUAUGGUUUCGGCCUACGGGUGGAAGCUGGCAUUUUAUCAAUGCCAAUCAGCACACCCCGUUUUUGUUUUUCCAGUUUGUUUCAAGUGAUGAUUUAGGAGUGAAAGGGCACUACCGAGUUCGGCCGAUGGAUCUGCUGGGACGGUUUGGCACCUUUUCCGAAGUUCGUUACUUUGAGGGUUGAAUUUUUAAUCAUUCCGGGGGCUUUUCAUGUGGCGGCCAAGUGGGUGUGUGUUUGUGUGAGUCCGAAUGCAUUCAACGCUUCCGCCGCUCAUCCCCCCCCCUUUUAAAAUCCCUCUGGGAGGGGUCAGAUGAGAUGAUUCAAUGCGGAUAGGAUCCAAUAGUCCAUGAUGCUGGAUUAAUUAACUUGCUAUUGACUCAGUUAUCCACAUGGGGCCUUUUGUGAGGGUUUUCAGCCUUUCUGCGCGUUAAAAUGCGAAUUAAAAACAUUAAUUUUCGGACGGUAUCUUUAAUAAAAAUUCUUUG